AUGGAACUUUGUGACAGUAAUUCUGUGUACUUGCAGGUAACACCUGAUCGGCGCAAUGGACCGAAAAUUUUUGCAGUGGUCUGGCACGGGUCCAGCAGUGCUUCUAAGCACGAUCUGGUUGGAUCUGCUGCUAUUGCACAAAAUGGUUUAGAUUUGCUAUUUGAUUUCUUGGGUGCUAAUGUAAAUAUGGAACAGCCAGGGACUGAGCUUACAAAAGUUCCACUCGCAAUAUUUGACCAAGAUCCCGAUGGUACCUUGGAUGUGAGUGAGGAAAUGGAAGAAAUAAGGGAGCUUUUUUACGAUUUAAUUAAAAAUAAAUUUCCGUCAGGUGUCACUGUAGAACAUCUGGAGAAAGUAUAUAAAGAGAACUAUGAGCAGAAUAAAACGGGGCCAGUUUUGCCCAGUGAUUGGUUGGACCACAUUCGUGUCGCUGACGAAUUUGAAGUUGUUAACCGUGGCCCAAUAAUCAUGGUUUAUACCAGACAGCGUAAUGCUCCAUCUAUCAGAAUUGGUUCAGAACAUUCUUUAAAAAUAUCCAAGAACUUGAUGUUUUCUGAAAACAGAGUCUUAAGGAUACGAUUGACUGACAAAGAAUUGGCACAACAGAUGAAGACUGUAUCUGAUUUGGAACCAUUAAAAUGUCCAAGUGUCCAAAAUGUGGUUAUAGUCCACUGCGUCAACACAUCAAAUGUUGUUGUGGUCCAUUUGGCAAGCAAGCAGAACAUUCUUUCAGAACUGCAAGGUUUGUUACAAAAUUACUAUGAGGAGAAAGCGUUGGGUGAGCUAGUUCCGGAACCUGAGGUUGGAGGAGUAUAUGCUAUUAAAAAUGAAGAUAGUUUGUGGUGUCGUGGUUUGCUACAGAAUGUGAAGGAAGAUUCUGCUAAUUGUUUGCUAGUGGAUUUUGGAAAGAAGCUUGUAGUAAAAAAAUCUGACUUGCGUCGAAUGCGGGCUGAUUUCGUUCUUCCACGUAAAUAUCCUAUUUGUGCCAUUGACACUCAUGUGGGUAAUGAUGAAGAUUAUCAGCUGUGUAUAAAGUCAAUGCAAGGUGAUAGUAAUAUCGUGCAGCUACGCUUCGUUGCAUUUAACGGGGUGAAUCGUAUGUAUAGUGUGCAGUGGAUUGGACUGCCGUCUAAUAAGGGAUCGACAGUGGCCACGAAUAAUCAAGUUCCACCGACACCCAGCAUUUCAAAUGCUCAGAAAUUGUCAGCACCUGAAGAAAAAGUUGUUUUAUCACCUAUGGAUCUCAGUGAAAUGCCAAAGUCCAAAUUCAGUGUACACAUUCUCGCUGUACUAGAUGCAGAAAACAUCAGCUUCAGGCAGUGUUCCUUGGAUCCAAUACCUGAUUAUAUAUCGAGUGCAGUUCAAAGAGACUCAUUAGGCCAAUCAUCACCACCCUCUGAUGAAGAUUUGAUAGGCGGUAAUUUUUUUACCGUUUAUUUAAAUUCAAGGUGGGAGCGAGUUCUGCUGUUAGGGAAAAGCAGCAUUGACGAAAAUUGUUUCCGCGUUUACGCCGUAGACCUCGGAAUUUUUAGCGUUGCAAAGAAACAUUUGUUUCGGUACAUUCUUCUUCCUAAAGGUCUUCGCAAGAUAAUGAUGGCGAAGUGUCAGAUUCAUGGAAUUAAACCAGCCGAUGGAAGUGAUGUUUGGAGUCGUGAUUGUCAAAAAGUUUUAAGCGACGUUCUUUUUGAUGCAAAAAACGUUGAAGUUGAUCCUAUAAAAGGCUGGAGUACAUAUACUGAUGCAACUCUUCCGUCCGUUCCAUUCGCUAGUGCUGUUAUUUACGCAGAUGGUGUCAAUAUUGCGGAGAUGUUAGUUAAACGGGGUUUGGCUGCACUUGUAUAA